GAACAGAUAAGGAAGGUCAUUAGUUCCUGGACGAAAAGGCUUCGAGCAGUGUGUAGUGAGGAUGGGGGCCCCAUUGAUCAUUUAUUUUAACUUUCAAUGUAAGCCAAGGUUACAGGGAUAAAGAAAAGAGAAAUAAACAUUUCUUUCCUGCGACAAUUUGGAUUUCGACGCACAUAUCUCGAUACUACUCGCAGCAUAGUGAGUCUCUAUACAUACGGUGUUAAUCCCCGGGACAGUGAAUACUACAUGUACUUACUAUCUACUUAUUAUCUCGCCUGAUCACAGUCUGCGGUUUCAUAUUGUACCAUUUGAGUAAGGCAAUAACCAAAUAACAAUAGUAGUUAUCACACCAUUUGAUAAGAUACCUCACUUACAAAUUGUACUAUUGCGUUGCACUACGUAAUACGUUGGUCAAUGCCACGCAGGGUAUGCAUGCAAUGCUACUUUUAACCCAGUUGUGACUCUUCCAACCUGGUAGAACAAACUCAGAAGCGACCCUGACGGCAUAGCGAAGAAGAACGGACAUAGAACUUGGCAUAUAAAAUUGCAAUUAUGGCAACCAAGGUACAAAACGGAGCUGCUGACAUUGCGUUUGGUGAUGGGGCGAAGACCGCAGAUGAUGCGCAUGCGCUGUUUGUAAAGGUGUCUAACGUAAACCUCACACAAAAAGACGUUGAUAACAUAUAUGACAAUUGGGCAGCAACUUACGACAAGGAUCUUUAUCUCAAUGGUUUCAACACCUCAACACCAUUGGCUGCUGCAAGACAGUUGGCAGAAUACGUGAAAGAUAAGAGUACACCAGUCAUGGAUUUUGCUGCUGGUACUGGUAUUGUUGGAGGAGAGUUGAAGAGGUUGGGGUUCACUCACAUAGACGCAUUGGAUGCCUGUCAAGCUAUGCU